AGCAAUGAAACUUCCAAAGCAAACACCACUGCAAGCAAUGCAACUGCAUCCACAAAUAGCACCAGCAGCAACAGCUCAACGCCCAGUAAAGCUGCUGCAGCUGCAGGCAGUGCUACAAAAACUGCCGGCACAACGACCAUGACAGUAACGAGCGGUACAACAGGUACAAUCGAAACCAGCAUGGCAAGCACGACGACUGUUCCUAGCAGUGCAGAGAGUGCAACUGCAAGCAGUGCGGAAAGCACCACUACUGCCAGCAGUGCCGAAAGCACCACAACUUCCAGUAGCGAGGAGAGCACCACAACUGCCAGUAGUGAAGAAAGCACCAGCACCACUAGUGCUGAAAGCACCACAACUUCCAGUAGCGAGGAGAGCACCACAACUGCCAGUAGUGAAGAAAGCACCAAAGCCGCUAGUGCUGAAAGCACGACAAUUGCCAGUGCAGAAACUACCACUGUAGCGUCAACAAGCACAGCCACUACUACCACAGCUGCAAGUACCACCAAGGAGGAAUCUCUGCUCGAAGUGGACGUGGCAAAGGCUGGUGAUGAUGGAUACAACACCCACUUACAGUUUAUUCACAUUCCUUGCACUUUCGGCCACACUGUGGAGGAAUCCGGCUUGAAGGGUGCCAUCAAGGAGGACGGCAAGUUGCAAAUAGACGCCCUCAAAGGAGGUCAGAUGCAGUGGGGUGAAAUGAUCCCGGAACUGGAUCAGUUGUCGGAUGUCACGGGCUGCAAUCUGUUUUACACUCCGAGCAAGUACUGGCCCCGCGAGUUACAGCGUUCCUUGCUGGCGAAUCGAAGUCUUUUCGCCAUGCUGCGGGACCCCUACGACCGCAUGGCCAACGAGUUUCGGAUGCAGGUUGGCGGCAUCGAUUCGGUCUUCACCAAGACCUUUCGCAAAGAUAUUUCGCAGCGCGAAGGGCACAUGGAACGGGAAGCGGACCAGUACCAGCAGUUCUACAAGAACUGCGAUGUGAAUGCCUACCUCCAAACAGAGUUGAAGAAAUACUUGGCCGGCGAUCGGUUCAGGACAAAUUGUCACCUUUUGCCCUCCUCAGAGUUUUUCGAUGCGGGGAGCGGCAUGACGGUGGAACCCAUCGAUGAGAGAAAGAUCCCUGACAGCUUCAACCAGUUCAUGGAGAAGCACCAUGCGUCGCCUCGAAUGGAGGCCUCGAUGCAUAACUUGUGGUGCAACGAGAUCUCCGCGUAUUCCCUGAACGAGGAGACCAAAGGCCUCAUUCGCAAGGUCUAUGCAGAAGACUUUCGCCUCGCCUGCAAAUACUUUGGCUACUGCGACGAUCAUGAGAUGUUCUGCCAUGAGAACAUCCCGGAUAUGUGUGGCUCCAAGCCAAAGUGAGCCCAGAUUUCUGGGCCGGAAAAAAACCAUCGCCCAAACGGGCUGAUUUCAGGCAUGAUGUCAUGCCAAGUUAUGGAUGAAAAGAGCGAGUAGUGACAGUUGCGAGGAAGUCGCUGCUGCAUUUUUGGGCCCCAAAAUGAAU